UAUUCAUACUCCCAAAGGCCACAGACUGUGGUAUUAUUAAUCACUACAUAGUGAUAGCUAUGGCUUGCCCUCACGAUAACUCUGUUUCAUGUGGUCCUAUAAGUGCUUGUGAAACCAAACCUAGGUCAAAAUCAGAAGUCCUAGACAUUGAAAUGGAAAGAAAGAUGAAUAGAGGAGAAUGUGAAGUGGGUAUCUGCUUGACAUGGAAGGAUGUGUGGGUGAGUGCCUCCAAUAGAAAGGAUGGGAGGAAAUCAAUUCUUGAGGGUCUCACUGGUUAUGCCAAGCCUGGACAACUCUUGGCCAUAAUGGGUCCCUCUGGCUGUGGCAAAUCAACACUACUUGAUGCUUUAGCAGGGAGAUUAGAUUCAAACACAAGACAAACUGGGGAGAUUCUGAUCAAUGGUCACAAACAAGCACUAUCUUACGGAACCUCGGCUUAUGUCACACAAGACGACAUAUUGUUGACAACGUUAACGGUUAGAGAAGCAGUGCACUAUUCAGCUCAACUCCAAUUACCUGACACCAUGUCCAAGAAAGAGAAGAAAGAGAGAGCAGACUUCACAAUAAGAGAAAUGGGUCUUCAAGAUGCCAUUAACACAAAAAUUGGAGGGUGGGGUUGUAAAGGCAUUAGUGGGGGUCAGAAGAGGCGAGUUAGCAUUUGCAUUGAGAUCCUAACACGCCCUAAACUUCUUUUUCUUGAUGAACCAACUAGUGGACUAGACAGUGCAGCUUCCUAUUAUGUCAUGAAAAGAAUCGCUGCCCUGGCUCAAAAUGAUCACACUCAGAGAACUGUUGUUGCUUCAAUCCACCAACCUAGUAGUGAAGUUUUUCAACUCUUUAAUAACCUUUGUCUUUUGUCUUCGGGUAAAACCGUUUACUUUGGACCUGCUUCAGCUGCAAGUGAGUUUUUUGCAUCAAAUGGUUUCCCAUGUCCUGGUCUCAUGAAUCCUUCUGAUCAUUUACUGAAGACUAUAAACAAGGAUUUUGAUCAGGACAUUGAGAUGGGUUUAGCAGAAACUAGAAUACCCACAGAAGAAGUAAUCCACAUCCUUGUGAGCUCAUACAAAUCUUCAGAAAGGAAACAAGAAGUUCAAAAUGAAGUAGCUAUACUAUCUGAGAAGGACAAAAGUUCAUUGGAUUUGAAGAGAGGACAUGCAGGUUUCCUUAAUCAAUGCUUAGCUCUCACCGAAAGAUCGUUCUUGAACAUGUAUCGUGAUCUAGGCUAUUAUUGGUUACGCCUUGUCAUAUAUAUUGCAUUGGCCAUAACUUUAGGCACUGUUUUCUAUAAUUUGGGCACAAGUUAUGACUCAAUUAAGGAUCGAGGUUCGCUUGUUGCAUUUAUAAAUGGUUUCAUUACUUUCAUGACCAUUGGUGGAUUCCCUUCCUUUGUGGAAGUCAUGAAGGUAUUUCAACGAGAAAGACAAAAUGGUCAUUAUGGUGUUACUGCAUUUGUCAUUGGUAACACCUUAUCAUCUAUCCCAUACUUGCUAUUGGUGACAGUCAUUCCCGGGGCUAUAUCUUAUUACCUUCCUGGCCUUCAGAGUGGAUGCGAGCACUUUCUGUAUUUCAUUUGUGUUUUAUUUUCUAGUCUCAUGUUAGUGGAGAGCCUCAUGAUGAUAGUUGCAAGCGUGGUUCCAAACUUUCUAAUGGGCAUCAUAACCGGUGCUGGAAUUCAAGGAGUCAUGCUUUUAGUUAACGGGUUCUUUAGAUUGCCAAAUGAUAUUCCUAAGCCAGUUUGGAAGUACCCGUUACACUUCGUUGCUUUUCACACGUUUUCCGACCAAGGAAUGUUCAAGAACGAGUACCAAGGACUGAGAUUUGCUACAAAUGGAGUUGGAGAAGGAGGAUCAAAGGGUUACGUAAGUGGUGAAGAGGUUUUGAGAAAUAUAUGGCAAGUUGACAUGAGUUACUCCAAGUGGGUUGAUCUUGCAGUCUUGGCGGGGAUGAUUGUUGUGUAUCGAGUUUUGUUUUUGGUUAUCAUCAAGAUUAAAGAGAAGGUGAAGCCCCGUGGUGUAUCGCUAUCGUGCAUGUCAGCGUCUCCCAAGCGAAAGAUAAAGGUCAUGGAAAACCCUAACGCCACUCCAAUGCAUUCACAAGUUCUGUAAUUUUACUUUUUUGGUCAUUCAGUGUCGAAACUCUCAGCCUCUCGAUGGUUAGGUAGGUCAAAAGUAAUAUAAAAUUAAGCAAGUGUUGUAUGGUACUCUUAAUUUAGUCUUUAAUUAUGAAAAAACUCAAAAAAAAUCUAUAAAAAAUGUAAUAUAUCACUCA